AGUCUCUUUUAAGAAUUAGUUUAAAAGAGAGAGAGAGAGAGAGAGAGAGAGAGAGAGAGAGAGAAUAGAGCACAAGGUUUUCUGAAGCUGAGAAGCAAAGGCAGCAAUCUGUAACUGCGUGGUAGGAUUCUCGAUUUGAGCUUUUGCUGAACUGAGACCGCAUCAUGAGCCAGCAUACACAAUCGCAGAGCUCCAGUUCCAGUUCCGCCAGUUAUGAUGUUAACAACGAAGUGGAAUUUGUCCCUACGAUUGUGAAGCAUGGUGAACAUGAGAAGCUGGAAUUGCUUUCAGAAGUGUAUCACCGAGCAAGCGGGGGUGCUGCAACACAAGCAUCUUAUUAUUCCUCCAACAUUCUGAAAGAAUUCAAGACCCCUACGAAGAACACAGUGCUACAUGUAGCAGCUUUCUACGGAAAUGAUGAGAUGGUAGAUCACGUGGCGCGACAAGAACCUGAUCUUAUAGCGUCCCUCAACGAAAACCAGGACACUCCCCUUCAUGUUGCUGCAAGAGCUGGGCAUUUCUCCAUUAUUAAAAGGCUCUUGGAUGCUUAUUGUCUUAAUAAUAAUGGGGGUGAAGCAAGAUUAAUGGAUCUCAUGAAAAUGAAGAACUGGCAAGGGAACAUUAUGCUACACGAAGCCAUGAUGAGCAGCACGGCGGGAACUAUGAUUUUCGAUGUACUUGAGGAAUCAUCAUCAAUAUCAUUCUCACAUCAUUGUUAUGAGUUAGCAUUGGAUGAAGUAAAUAGGGAAGGGAAAUCGGUGUUGUGCUUGGCGGUUGAGGCUAGGCUCAUUGAAGCUGUUAACAGAAUGUUGGACAAGUGCCCCGAGAAUGCCACGCCAAAGGGAUUAUCACCCCUUCUAGUAGCCAUCUUCAACCGGGAUAAAGAUAUGGUGAGCACCAUAUUGGGAAAGAAAGAAGAAUGGAUACAUUUAAGGGACCCGUAUGGAGGGGUUGCUCUUCAUUUUGCAGCAGGUUUAGGUUACCUUGAAGGUGUUGUUCUUUUACUUGGUAGAUGCAACACUUGCAGCAUUGAGAAAGACGAAUCAGGGUACCUGCCAAUUCAUCUAGCGGCUGGUCGAGGCCAUGUGGAAGUGGUUAAGGAAUUGUUACUAUACUGUCCAGAUCUGAACGAGAUGCGGGAUGGAAGUCUCAAUAGUAUUCUUCACAUUGCAGCUAAUAGUGGAAAGCUUGAUGUGGUGCGCUACAUCCUUCAAACUCCUCAGCUUGACAUGAUGAUCAAUCAAAAGAAUCGGUCAGGAGAGACUCCUUUGCAUGGGGCUACCGAUUGGGGUCGUCCCAACAUUGUCUAUGCCUUAACAAGUGACCACCGGGUUGAUCUUAACGUGGUUAGCUCAAGUAAGGAAACGCCUCUUGACACUGCAAUUAAAAGGUAUCAUGCCGGUGGGAGAGGGAAAACACCAUCCCUUCGACGGUCGCUUACAUGGAUUGCACUAAAAUCUGCUGGCGCAAAAGCACCACGUAUGUCUGAAUUUGGAUUCAAUACUGUGUUUAUCUUUUUCUUGUACAUGCUCCUUUUCCUCCCAUCAUCCUCUGCAUCCAAGUUCUCUCGCUUCAUCUCCUACUACCCCUUUAUCUUCUUAGCAUCUCUUGCUGAGAAGGAACCUGUAGGACCUGUUUAUUUUACUACCAUUGCUAGCCAAAUUAUAAUCCCUGGAACAACAGCGAACGAUGAUAUCUACCGCGUCAACUUCGAAACGAUGCAAGAAUCUUAG